CGUAACUCUUCUUCGAAAAGAGUGAUUUUUUGAGACGAAACUCCCUGAUAAUUGCUACGCUCCGAAUUACCAACAUGGAAUUCAUCGUCAUGGUGCAUCCCAACCAGAGAGGCUCAGCCCGCUUGAAGAAACAGGCUCACUCUCAUGCAGCACGGGUGACCCACGCUCGAUCAAGAAAACGCCAGCUGGCCCAUCUCGGCAAUCCAGAAUCGAGAAUCAUAGCUGAAAGUCGCGGUCGGUCGGUAAAUUUGAGACAACGAGGAGGGAAAGAACCUGAAGUCAGUCGAUCACAAAGAGACAUCGUUGAGUCACAACAUGUGGCAGCGCCGUCAAUCCCAGGCAGAAUAUCGGGUGCAUUCGAGCAUGAGCCAUUGGCUAGCUUUCUGAAGUCUUCCACAACCGAAGAAAAUUUUUUAUUGUCGUACUAUGGUCAAGUCAUUGUUCCCAACAUGGAUUCACAAUGCCCCACGCUGUGCUAUCUCGGCGAGAAUUUCGACCACAUACAGAACAACUGGCUGCUCUAUGGCUCUACCGACAUUGACUUCCUCCAGGGAUUCUUGUUUGCAGCCAGCCGUCAUUUGUCUCUCAAUCACGGGGAGGAGUGGGGAAACUGGGCAGUCAAGUAUAAGCUUCAGUACAUAAGCGACCUGCGCCGCGCUCUUUCUUCUGACGAAAUGUCAUUACGACGAGCCGGUGUUGCGAAAGCAUUGGUGUUGUCAUUCGACGAGAUCAUGCUUUGUGACAUGCACAUGGCUUCGAAACACGUUCAGGGUGCAAUCUCAAUCAUCAAGGAUUCUGGAGGAAUCGACGCGCUUGGGGUAAGUGAAAUUGUUCGAAGUGUUCUCUUUAGUUUCAUGUUCGGCAAGGGCCUGCUAGACGGGAAACCACUCUUUGAAGUCGGUCCAGUGUCGCUUUAG